AUGUUACAUUAUUUCACGUGUGGGUUCAUUUCAGCCAAUAUUUUUCAACUGACCAAUACAUCGUGUCCCGGAUUCGAACUACCUCCAAUUUUCCCUCGGCAACAAUGUGACACUGAUAGAGACUGCUGGCCAAGGAUAUGCUGUGGAUAUGGUGGACUCAACGGUCAGAAAUAUUGUCGAAUUCCUUUGCCGAGUUGGCGAAAUGAUUUAAUGAAGACCAUUACGAAAAGCCUCCGGUCCAGCAGGCCGCCGUACCUGCAGUGCAGCCCGCCGCCGCCCAAGCGUUACGAUCUGUUCCCCCGGAAGUGCCGGACCACCGUCGACUGUCUGCCGGACCUUUGCUGCCCGGAAACCGGAAGGAACGUCUGCCGGCCACCCAAGGAAAUAAUACGGCCGAUCAGGGUCCGGGUGUCCAUGGAGUAG